GAAAAACACAUCAGAGAAAGGGGAAACAGGGAAAAAAAAAAAACGGAUUUUGAUAACAUCCCCUAAAGCAAGCGAAUAUUGAUACAUAAAGUUUGGAUUUUGUUUGUAUUUGGCACCAUCACAGUUCACCGCAACAAAACAAAACACAAGAAGAAGCAACACAGCCACAAAGAGAGAGAAAGAGAAGAAAGAGAAUAAGAAGAAGGAGAAGGAGAAGGAAGAGGAGAAGAGUCCUUCACUUCUUUUGAGAUCUUGUGAGAUCAAGUCCACAACUUUGAGCCAGUAUCAUGGGAAGAGAAGUUUCAGGAAUACAAUUUGUCGACAAGAAGCCAAAUGGUGUUUCACCAUCUUCAGACGGCAGUACAAAUGACAAAGUGCGCAUUGCCCCUAGAAUCUCAAUAUCUAAGGUUCAAGCAAAGGAUCAUGGGGUAAAAGAACAUACUGAAGCUAAUUCUUUUGAUCAGAAAUAUCAUGAGAAGGAUGUUUUGAAUGCUAAUGCCACAAAUGGAGAUGCUGACAUGCCUGAGGAGAUUGAAAAGUCUGAAAUACAGACGACUGGUGAGAACAAAAUGUCAAUCCCACCUACUGCAAAGCUAUCAGAUCUGGACAAUGAAAAGCAUGGAUCCUACACGGAUAUUGUUGAAACUGAAGCUGCCUCAAAUGGUUUGAAUUCACCACCAAAUGCUAACACCAUGCACUCGCCUGUCUCAUCAAAGAAUUCACAGACAAAUUCAACAUUUUCAUCAAUUAAGCCCUUGCCACAUGAUCAUAAGAAGUAUCAUGAUGAUGAAGACAAUUGGUCUAUUGCUUCCUCUAUUAUAUCAAUGCGCACUGCUAGAUCUAAGGUGACUGUUGGUUCUGCACCUACAUUUAGAAGCUCCCAGCGUGCAGAGAAACGGAGGGAGUUUUAUAUGAAGUUGGAGGAGAAGCAGCGAGCUCUUCAAGAAGAAAAAAGCCAGUAUGAGGCGAGGCUAAAGGAAGAGCAAGAAGCAGCAAUCAAGCAGUUGAGGAAGAACUUGGUGAUUAAGGCAAAUCCAGUUCCAAGUUUCUAUUAUGAGGGGCCUCCACCUAAGACUGAACUCAAGAAGCUGCCUCUGACUCGCCCGAAGUCACCGAAACUGAACCGCAGAAGGAGCUUUGGUGAUGCUGUGAAUUCAUCCCCUGAAGUAUGCAGUCGAGGAGCACGCCACAGCACAGGAAGUCACAUGAAAGCUGGAACGAACAGCCCUCUCACUCCAAAGACCAAGGAUCAACACAUUCGCCACAACAGCUUCGGUGCAAGCAAAGCCAAAGAAAGAUCAAAAGUGGUCAAGGAAAAGGCAACACCAGCAGCAGCAACAGCUCCCCCCAAGGUUACCCCCGAGCCGGCAGUGACAGCUCCACCUAAGAUCAUCUCUGAGCAGGCAAAUGCCGACAUAUCGGUCCAAUCAUGAUGAUGAGCUUCAAAAGGGUUUCAACUGACCACCCAGUUGAGAGGAAAAUAGCCUUCAUUUUCCUUCGUAGAGAUGUUUGCAAAGAGAUGUGGUCCUAUUUUCUUUUCAUCCGGACUGACUGAUUUCUUUUUUGUGGUUUGUUUUAACUUGCUGUUGUAUAUGUUUUGUAAGUUAUAUUGGUACACACGCAUCAUCAUCAUGCCAUAUAUAAUGAUAGAGUUAUUGAUGUCAUUAUGUCUGUACCAAAAUGUUGAGUAUGUUCCCCAGACUAGUCCCCGGGAGAAAUGUUACAUUAAAUAUAAUAUAUCUUUGUGUAGGGCUA